AUGGCAAAAACUUCCAAGACGGUCCCCAAGAAGGAGAAAGCAUCAUCUUCCUCUGCCUCCCGGCCGGCCAAACCGGUGGUGCCGCCAACACUUGAAGAGAUCACCCCUGGUGAUUGCAUUAUCAAGAAGGACUUCGCCACUGCUUGGGCGCCCCUAGCGGUGCCCGACCUCGAAGAUUGGGUCAGAAAAUUAGCUGCCACUUCUUCCUACGACAAGCGUAAGUGGCGUGAAUUGGCGAAGGGUCAGUGGGAGGCCAAGAACCACGGUGAGUGCCUUUUUAUAGUCUCAACAUUUUCAUACAUUUUGGAGGCAUUUUUUCUUGCUCAUGCUUGCCAUGCACGUCUUGGAGAUGUGUCCGAGAAGAGGCCGGACCCGCCUGGGGAAGAAACCAAGCCUUCAAACCCGAAGUCCGAGAAGGACAAGAAGAGAAAAAGGGUCUCAAAACCCGAAGACCCUCAGGUCGCCGAGCCUUCCGAACUGGACACAUCAUCCCGUGCUGAGGAUGCCCCGAAGGGAGAAAUAGGCAAGGCCCCUACAUCCCCGGAGGUCGAGAUUGACCCUCUGCCUUCAACAACUAUACCUGAGGGGGUAUAUGCCGAGACCCCCAAUGAUAAUGAGAACGCCCCGAGCGAGGAGCUCGAGGCCACGACAACGGGUCACUCCCUUUCCUUGCCAACUUAUUUUGAGGGGGCAAUCGAAGAAGCCAACGCGAUGCCGAAGCCCGAUCCAAAUAAGAUUAUCGAAGGUGACCCUUUUCAGGGUUGCUAUGCUAGGAUCGAGGACGCCAAUGACUUUAACGAUGCAUCCUCCCUUUUCGAGGAGGCUCAACGUCUCCUUAUUCGGGCUAUUGCAAAGUUUAGAACCGAGCUAAGCCAAUGCGAGGCUGAGCUCAAGAAGGUUUCAGGUGAAGAGAAGGCCUUGAGGUUCCUUUGUGGUCAGAGAGAAGAGGAGCUUAAGGAUCUUCGAACCACAUUGGCUAAAGCUCAAAAAAGCGAGUCCGAGCUAGACGAGCAGGUAACAGCGAUUUUAACAAAGUUCGGCCUUCUUGGCCCUACAUUGGAGGCUAAGACUUCGAUAUCUCAGUUGCAGCAAAAGCUUGAUAUGAUUGGGCAGCUCCGAGGCGAGGUAGAUCGAGUUCGGGCUGAUUGCCAACAGUGGAAGAAGAACAUAGAUCAACUUGCUGCCGAAAAGGAAGAUGUUAAGGCCCAACUGGCCUCGGCUGAAGCUCAGCUCCGAGGUGCUGAAGCGAAAAGCUUGGAUCAGGCCAGGGAAGUCGAGGGGCUGGAGGCCGAAAUAGCUAAAGCCCGGAUUGAAGCUGCACAGGCUAAGGCUGAAGCUGCGCAAGCGAAGGCCGAAGCCGAGAAGACUAAAGUUGCGGCUGAUAAAUCCAUUGCUAUAUAUAUAAGAGAAGCCACGACCGUUCAAGCUGAGUUGAGGGAGGCCUCCGACCGGGCAAGAAGGAGAAACGGAUUGGCUAAGUGCCGAGCUCGAAGGGAGACUCUUGAGGAAAUCCGUGCUCAGGGGUUCGACCUUGCCGAUGAGAUAGCCGAAGCACAAGCGCGGGAAAGCGAUGCUAGGUUUCUUGUCUCCUCCGAUGAUGAGGACGUGGGUAGUGUACCUGGAUUUUACAACAAUGAAGAGGAAAAGAUCAGUAGCAGCAGCCAACAGGUAAUAGCAGCUCAAAAAUUGGUCUCAAAGCCCAGGAUUGAUAUCAAACGAGAUCCAGCAAUUGACACAACCAACACAGUGGACUCUCUUCUCUCUUACCUGCCUUCUACGAGGCUCCACAUGAUAGGAAUUGGACGAGGCAAAGGUCGAGGUGGAACUGGCCGUAGACGUGGCUAUUUUCAAGGACGUGGCAAUUCUGGAGCAACGUCUCAGCCACAAUUGCAGCUAAGGGGAAAUACUAGAGCAUCCCUAGAGACAGGAGAAUCAAAUAAUCCUUUUCAAGAACCUAUAGAGACAGGACAAAUAUCAAGCCCUUUGCAGAGACCUUCUGUAGAGACAGUUUCAUCAAGAAAUCUGGACGGAAGUGUGUAUCCUUCUCCAGAAGCUGAAAGUGGUAGUGCAAGAAUCGAUGGUGAAAAUAUAUUUAUUAGAGAGGAAGAGGCUAGUGUGUCUUCUGCUAUGGCAACUGUGCGUCAAGAAAUGCAAGCAGAAAUGCAAGCUGAGAUGAGUCGAAAGUUGCAAGAAGAACAUGACAAAUGGCUGCUGAAUUAA